UUUCAGCAAACUGUCGUCAUCGGAGUCCGACGCGGUUCGCGUGGGCGCCCGCCAACGCAACCGUUCGCUCAAAAAGUCGCCCGCAGUACAGGAUGACGAUCCCACAACACAUCAUAAUCACCACCAGUUUCCGCACAAUUUGCUGUCACAGCACAAUCAGGUAACUUCAACACAUCAUCACUCUAUGCAACACCUACACAAUGCCUCAUCACUCCAACAACAUUUGGCAUUGCCAAGCGGCUCAAUGGCUCCCGAGCCACGGAGAGCUGCGAGUUUCGAUGUGUCGGCUAGCCAGAAACUGAGUCCCGCCCAUUCCGUCCGGGUUCAUUCGACGCCGGCCGAUCGGCAUUCUCCCCCGUCGAAGUGCCACGUCUACUGGUUCAAUCCCCGUUGUCACCUCUCCAGCUGGAACCACCGCCCGUCGCCAUGGACAAUCGAUUGCUCACCGUGCCGUCGCCGUCGGAUUUCCGCAAAAGUCCCGUCGAUAAUCGGUCCUUUUCGUGCGAAUCCCCCAAAAGCAGUGGAAACGCAGCGACUUCUGUGGACAUUCUGAGCCAGCUCAAUUUCAAUCCAGCUCUGCUCACACAGCUCUCUGCAGCAAUUGCAAGGCCAAUGGGAAUUGCAUCCCCAUUACUGGACGAUUUGAAGGUCAAUUUUGGAUCCGUGCCAAAAAUUGAGCAAAUGGAUUGCUCCGGAGGCUCAUUCGACACAGUUGGCUCGGGGAGCUUCGACAUGACAAGUGCUCAUUCUUCGUUUGAUCAUAGCACCAACCCUAUCAGCCAAGAAUUGCUGGCUCAAAUGCCACCAAAAGCCGUAAUUCAGGACGAUAUUCGGAAUGGAAACGGCAGGUUUCAGUUGGUCAGGAAACGGGGAAGAUCCGAAGUUUGGAACCUUUUUGGACAGGUUCUCGACAGUCUGACCCAAGUGCGUCUUCCAUUUGUCGCCUGUUACGCAUGUAAAGUACUUUACACGGAUACUGGCGGUGGUACCGGUAACAUGACACGUCAUCGAUGCCCAAUUGGAGCAAGUUAUCGCUCGAGCACCCACGCAUCUUCCACUGAAACCGUAGAGGCUGGCGGCACAAAUUCAUUCGAUUCGGCAAUUUCGGCAAGGAUUAUGAGUAGCGCUGACGUCACGAGGUCCCAGUUAUCGAUUAGCAUGGUAGAGUCGGGAUCUGGCUCUGGGCCAAGUGGGUCUGGAUCGGGAAAUUCUUCGCUGCCACUGUUAACUCAACAUUCUGGAGAGAACACAAUUGGUGACGUGGAUCGUGAGGUACUUACCGAUGCAAUUGUCAAAUGUUGUGCCCUAGAUUUGAUCGAUCCUAUGGUAUUUUCUGGAAAAGGCUUCCGAAGUUUGCUGAAACAAAUCUGCCACGUGUCAAAACGAGGCGGAGUCAGCCCGCCCAUCGACGCGUUUCCGGAUAUUCAAACAGUGCGCAGUGCCAUGCAAACUCACCUGAGAUUCUGCGCGGACGAUUUGAAAAAUGAGCUUUCCCGGACCACCCAGGGAUGCCGACUGGCGCUGGAAACUUUGACGUAUUCUGGAAGAGAUUAUAGAGUUAUUCAUGGAUCACGAAUUAGUCCGGAUUGGAAAUGGCGCAGCAAUAUUCUAGGAGUAUUUAAAGCAAAGGAAAACGAGUCACUGAACGAGAUGAUCAACCUUGUGGUGCACAAUUAUGAGCUGAAUAGGACAUUUUUGAGAAUUACGAUACCGAAUUCGAAUAAUGAUUUGGAGGGAAAUGUCAAGUGUUUCUUUGAUAUCAAGGCGAAAUUGAAGGAGAUUCUCUUCACAACAUUCUCUGCCUGCUCCCAACCUGUAAUGGAUAUGCUCAAUGCAGUUGACCAGCUCACCAAGGCUCUUGUGGAGAUGGAUGUACGUCUCCCAUUUGCCACGGAGCCACGUGAGGACAUUUUCGAUGUGCACAAUCUUCUAGCAGAAUGGAAUGACCAAUGGGGUCAACUGGAGCAGAUUAUUUCGACGAAAUGUGCGGAUACUUUAUUGGAAAACUUUAAGAAGUUGGAUCCAACUCACAUGCGAGAUCUGGAAGUUUUCAUUCUACCAUUCCGAGAAACCAUCGAAUCUUUGACAUCAGAGCAUCCAAAUUUCCAUAAAAUCCUUCCGGAAUGGCUUGCUCUUCAACAUGAAUGUCAAGUGCAGAAUGAUGAGCCAACUGCUUUGCUCCGAGAGCUCAAACAGAUUGCCACAAAAGUUUUGGAGUCUGAGAAGGAGAAGAUCAUGACAGAUGAGCAUAGAAUUGCGGCGAUCCUUAACCCACGGUUAAUUAGAAAAUUGAAUAUGAUUUUAACGGAUCAAGAAAGAACGACAGUCUGUGAAAGGAUCCGAUCGAGUUGUGGAUUCAGGAACCCCAAAGAGCCCCUGAGCAGAGGAAGUUCAUGUGAUGGAGAGCCACAUCGGAAGAGAAGAAUGUUCUUGUCAUCGUUGGAAGAUGAUCAGGUCACUGAUGAGUUGGAGUGCUAUUUGAGGUCACAAUACCCUCCGAAUCAGACAAAAGACGUCAUCACUUUCUGGAGCACAACUGGCCACGCCCAGUUCCCAACUUUAAGCUCACUGGCUCGCCGAACCCUCUGUACCCCAGCAAUUGCUCCAAAAACUCAAUUCGAUGCUCGGUGUGCAUCAGUGAGCCCCGAUCAGCUUCACACAUUCCUCAUGCUUAGAUCAAUGUUCGAUUCGGAAAAAGACGAGGAAGCUGUGUAGCAUUUUUUGUUGUAUUUUGACCUACUUUUUUGAAUUUCGCGGGUUUUCUCCCCCAAAACAACCGUCUCACACCAAACGUACCCACCAUUGCUUCAAUGGAUCAGUUCUUUCGAUUUUUUUUUUUGAAUUUUUUUUAAAUUUUAAAUUAAAUUAAUUUGUUUCCCAUAUUUUUCCCGGUUUCACUGGUAAUCUAUUGAUUUAUUAUUUUUAUUUAAAAACAUAUUUUUCUACAUCAAUUUAUUUCAGCUAAUUCAAUCUCCAAACAUAUCAGAAACAUUUGAAUUUUCCCGCCAUUUCUCUCACUUGACCUGUGAAAUUUUUGAGUUUUUAGAACAUUGAUUAUCUCGGUUUCAAUAUUUAAGUCCCGGCUAGAUUUUUCUUAUUUCAUUAUUAUUUCUUGAUUUCUAAUAUUUUUUGAAGUUAUAUUAUUGUUGAAAAAUGCAAUGACUAUUCGGAAUGAAAUUACAAUCUGGAACGACGAUUAAUUCAGCAAAAAACCUUUUGAAUUUGUUAACAUGUUGAAACGGUUAGCAGUUAAUAUGAACUUGGCUGUGACAGAAAUUCAAUGAAAUAUUAUUCUUAGAAACUUGAUUUUGUCGGCUGCUGUUAAGAAAUAUUGUGCUAUCUCCCAAUUAAUAUAUUUCUACAAGUAACAUAAAACAAUUUUCAUUAAAUUAAACAUUUUCAGUGCAACAGUGAAAAUAAAAUUUGUUUUUAUUUAUUUAUUUAAUGUUAAUAAAGCAAGUUU